AUGGCCGUGGUCCUGGCCUUUUUUUUCCUUCAAUGCCUCGGCAUCCACCAGGUCGUGGCUGCCGAUGAUACACCUGGCAAUGGACCGGCAUCCAUUCUCACCAGCGAGAUUGGGCGCCUCAACAACGAGAGUCUCUUCUGGGGUCCCUACAAGCCCAACCUCUACUUUGGUGUCCGACCCAGGACCGCCAACCCCCUCUGGACUGGAUUGAUGUGGGCCAAGGUCGACAGCUUCCAAGAUGUCCAGACUGGCUUCCGGUACACGUGUGAGCAGCACGAGAUCAACGGCUACGGCUGGGAUGAGUAUGAUGCGCGCAAAGGCGGUGUGCAGUCCAUUCAUGAUGAGGCGAAUCACAUUGACAUCACCACCUCCUUUGUCAAGGUCCCCGGCGGUGCCCAUGGAGGCAGCUGGGCGGCUCGCAUCAAGGGUGUCCCUCGCGACGGCGCCCCUGCGAACCUCAAGACCAUGGUCCACUACUACAUUGCCCAGGACGGCCAGGGCGCAGAGCUGACCAUCGACACCGACGGCGACAGCACGGGUUUCGACCAGGACAUCACCUUCAAGGGCACGUCGGCCGACCUCGGCGCCUACCAGCUCGUCGUCACCAACGGCGAGGGCGACCGCCCGGCCGGCGAACACCUGCUGUCGGACACCAGGCGCGGCGACAAGACCAUCGUCAACUCCCUGCGGGCGCCGGACAACAUGGCGUGGCAGGCGAGGGGCAUCGUGUACAAGCAGAUCCAGGAGUCGGUCAAGGCCGUGCAGGAGGAGCACAAUCCCGAGGAGCCGCUUCCUCCGUGGGUGGUGUACCAGCUCCAGAACAACCCCGGAACCGGCAACGUGCAGAUUGUGCAGAAGAUGUUUGAGGGCGCCUUCGAGUUUGACGUCCUCUUCUCGUCUGCGUCGGCGGGCGCCGAGCUCAAGCCUGCCGACCUCACCCGGGAGAUCCAGACCAACUCUGCGUUCUUCAACGGCAGAUUCUCCUCCGUCUUUGAUCUCAAGGCGCCCUUCACUGCCGACAAGUACAAGACGUUCGGGAAGAGCAUGCUCUCGAACCUCAUCGGUGGCAUUGGUUUCUUCCACGGCGACCACCUCGUUGAUAAGUCGUACGCACCCGAAUAUGACGAAGAGAACGAAGGCUUCUGGGAGGAGGCGGCGGCCGCCCGAGCCCGCAAGCAGCAGGAGCUCGACGGUCCCCACGAGCUCUUCACCAGCGUUCCCUCGCGGUCCUUCUUCCCGCGUGGCUUCCUCUGGGAUGAGGGCUUCCACCUCAUUCCCAUUGCCGACUGGGAUAUCGACCUCACGCUGGAGAUUGUCAAGAGCUGGUUCAACUUGAUUGACGAGGACGGAUGGAUCGCGCGCGAGCAGAUCCUCGGGCCCGAAGCCCGCAGCAAGGUCCCCGAAGAGUUCCAGGUCCAGUACCCCCCACUAUGCCAACCCGCCCACCCUCUUCCUCAUCAUUGA